UCGCCAAAUUGCACAUGGUCGUCUCUUUGGCUUUCAUAAAUUGCGUUUUAAAAGUACAUUACCUUUGCUUUUUGGAUUAACUUCCGAAGGUUCCUCGUUGGAUCAAUCGCAUUGAUUUAGUGCGCAGUUCCAUGCUUUAUUCACACUUUUUCGUUUCAAACAUUUAGCCGCUAGCAGGCUAGCAUUCACUUUACCAGAAUGUGGUCUCUGAAGGUCGCCUAUUCGGCGCUGGUUUUUCCAAGAGUUUACUGGACUAAAAUGAGCAGAUUAUCGCCCGACCGUGUUUAUUUUUCGGCCUGUCCAGCAUCUCCGGAAAAGAUCCCAGUCAUUCGCGUCCCUCGCUCCGUGCAGAAUCGCGUUGAGAACGUGAAGCAAACCCGAGGUAAGAACAACAUCAACACCAGCAAGGCUGGCAAGCUCCUCAUCCAGAGCAGGAACUCCAGUUUGAACCAGUCUGUAGGAUACACGCACGGCAAGUUUGAACAGCCUACACUCUGUUCCAAAGGAUGGAAGCACAAAAAGUCAUUCGGGGAUUAUUUCACAGUCAACAACAUCAAAUCGGUUGCGCCUUUCGUGUCUGGAAGCGAGAAGGAGGAUGAUAUUCAAAAGCCAUUGAAGACUUUCCAUAAACUGCACAUCUCCGGGGAGCUGGUGGAGACUUUGGAACGCUUAAACAUCACUCAUCCCACCACCGUGCAGCUGCAGACCAUCCCCAAGGUGAUGAGGGGUCAUAACAUCCUGUGUGCAGCCGAGACAGGAAGUGGGAAAACAUUGAGUUAUCUCCUGCCGAUUGUGCACAAGUUGCACCUCGAUGAGGAGAUGCAUGAAGAGGGGUCUCCUAAAAUCCGUGUUGUGGUUGUGGUGCCCUCCAGGGAGCUGGCUGAGCAGGUGGCGUCCGUGUCCAGGAGCCUGUGCGCCCCGCUGGGCAUAGUGACGAGGACAGUCGGAGGCGGGCGAGGAGUGGGGCACAUCAAGGGGGUCUUCAAGCAAGGUGUUCCUGACGUUUUAGUAGCCACGCCGGGUGCUCUGGUCAAAGCCCUGCGGAGACGCGUCUUGGACUUGAGCCAUCUUAGCUUCUUGGUGGUGGACGAAGCGGACACCAUGUUCGACCCGAGCUUCGCCGACAUGCUGGAGGACAUCUUGCAGCACACCGAAAUCUCCAGGGGUCCCGGGGAGACGCGAGGCCCCACCCGUAAGGCCCAGUUGCUGGUGGUGGGCGCCACCUUCCCCGGCGGGGUCGGCGACGUCCUCAGACAGGUGACGGACCUCGGCAGUAUGAUGGUCAUCAAGAGCAGGAUGCUACACUUCCUCAUGCCGCACGUGAAGCAGACUUUCCUCAAGGUGAGAGGGCAGGAUAAAGUCCUGGAGCUCAACCAUUACCUGAAACGACUCCAGCAGGAACAUGGAGGAUCAGGAGAGGACGCCGUCCUUGUGUUCUGCAACAAGUCCUCCACCGUCAACUGGCUGGGAUACUCGCUGGAGGAGAUGGGUGUGCCGCACGCUCGCCUCCAAGGGGAAAUGCCGGCCGUGGUUCGCACGGGCAUCUUCCAGUGCUUCCAGAAGGGCAAGACGAACGUUCUCCUGUGCACAGACGUCGCCUCGCGAGGCUUGGACACGUCCCGAGUGCGCCUGGUGGUCAACUACGACUUCCCAGAGUCGCACACAGACUAUAUCCACAGGGCCGGCCGGGUGGGGAGGGCCGGGGGGUGCGAAGGCGGCGAGGUGCUCAGCUUCGUCACGCAUCCGUGGGAGGUUGAACUUGUGCAGAAGAUAGAGACGGCGGCACGGAGGAGGACUAGUUUGCCUGGUAUGGAGUCUGAGAUACGAGAACCAAAACCUGUAAUAGUGGAGACAAAAGUGUAGAGGUGAUGGACAUUAUUGUAUCACAACCUGAACAAGAAUACAUUAACAUUGGAAUAAAUGGCUAGCUAUCUAUUUUCUGUAGCGCUUGUCCUCAUUAGGGUCACAUUUGCGUUGGAGCCUAUCCCAGCUGACUUGGGUGAGUGGACUGAGUUCACCCUGGACUGGUCACCAGCCAAUCGUAGGGCACAUAUACAGGUUGACAAACAGGCAUUCACACAUAUGGACCAUUUUGAUUUUUCAAUUAACAUAACAUGCAUGUUUUUGGAACGUGGAGGAAGCCGGAAUACCAUGAAAACACCUCAGAACUAUAAGGCCACAUGCUUCCUAUGGAAUAAAUGUUUAUAUACAAUGUGAUCAUUUCUGGGUUAAAUGUUUUAUUUUUUUACAAUAGUUUCUCUGAGGUUUCAUUUAUUUUUAGUUUUGCAUUGUUUCCCGAGAAGAUCUGUGAGGAUCAAAGAUCGCUCUUGAAUCUUGGCUCCACACAAGAUAAUCUUUUAGAGACAUCAUCUGAUAAUCAGGCCUUUGUUGACUUUGAUUGGAGGACUGAUCCUUAUUUUUGUAAUUUGAUUUAACUAGACACAUUUGGUGACAUGUCUCACGUUAAUUUCUUAUGGUUGUGGUAAACCCCUAAAAUAAAUGUUAC